UCUGUCCCGAUGAUGUCCCUCUGUGAUUGGUGUGAGGGGAGCGUGUGUGACGUCAGACGGUGUUGGGGAGGAGGAGGUAAACCGCAGUGAUCCCGUCCUGUCUGUCUCUCCGUCUGUCUCUCUCUCUGUCUGUCCGUCUGAUCUCAGCGACCAUCAUCGAUCGGCCGGAUCGAUACACCGACACUGAUCGAUUUUAACACGAAUAUUACCACAGCAGCAGCGGCGGGACGCUCGUGCCGUCACAGCGGGAACAUCGCGCGCCGUCUGAGUACACGGACCGACCUCCAUCUUCAUCCUCUUCAUCAUCAUGUCCGGCACCAAAGAGGAGGACCGCAAAGGCUCGAGCGAGUGGCGGGAAUUCUUCUGGAACCCGAGAACUCACGAGCUCAUGGGCCGAACGGCGUCGAGCUGGGGUCUGAUCCUGCUCUUCUACCUGGUCUUCUACCUGUUUCUGGCAGGGAUGUUUGUUCUCACCAUGUACAUCAUGCUGCUGACGCUCGACGACUACAAGCCCACCUGGCAGGACCGCCUGGCCACUCCAGGGAUGAUGAUUCGUCCAAAGGGGAAUCAGCUGGAGAUCAGUUUCUCUGUCUCAGCCACUGAGAGCUGGGACGGCUUCAUCCAAAACCUCAACACCUUCCUGUCCCCGUACAACGACAGCUAUCAGGUUCAGACCAAUGAUAACUGUCCACCAGAUCAAUACUUCAUUCAAGAGGACAGUGGAGAGGUCAGGAACAAUCCCAAGCGCUCCUGUCAGUUCAAUCGGACGAUGUUGGAGGACUGUUCUGGGAUUUCGGAUCGUUUCUAUGGUUACAGCAGAGGUCAGCCCUGCAUCCUCAUCAAACUGAACCGGGUCAUCGGUAUGUUACCAGGGAAGGACGGCCAGUCUCCUUAUGUCACCUGUGGAGCCAAGAGGGAGGACAGUGAUAAGAUCGGACCUCUGGCUUAUUAUCCUCCGAAUGGAACCUUCAACCUCAUGUACUACCCGUAUUAUGGCAAGAAAGCUCAGGUGAACUACACUCAGCCGCUGGUGGCUGUGAAGUUCCUGAACGCCUCUCUGAACACGGACAUCAACAUCGAGUGUAAAAUCAACUCCAACACUCUCGCCGACGGCAGCGAGAGAGACAAGUUCGCCGGACGGGUUUCCUUCAAACUACGAAUCAAUGACAAAUAGACACACCAGCAAAACACACACAUUCACACAGCUGCACUAAUCCAGAUGUUUUAAUGAAACUAUUGAGUCCCCCCAGUCCAGCACAUCAGUGUCAUGAUGCAUUCAAUGACCCUCUGAAUUCUUUCUGUUUGUGUCCCCAGUACUCGUGUCAACGUUCAUUUUGUUUAUGUUCUCUGAUGUGAUUCUCUGAACAGCCUCAUUGCAGCUUUGACUCAAACACACUGACCCUGAAACCGACCAAUCAGCAUGCACACACACUCUGAUGUCACCACCACUGAGGAUGGAGUGAAGAAGAACAGACAGCAGGAGGAUCUUUACCUCCAUCAUCAUCAUCGUCAUCAUAUCAAUCUGCAUGAAACGAAGACUAAAUUAUUGAUCACAGAGCUGAUGUGUUUACUGAUCAAUGGUUUCUUUAUUCCACUGUAUUUAUUUAUUUAUUAUUUGAUUAUUUAUUUGUGUGCUUGAUGAUAACUUUUUAUUUUACAACAUUAAUAUCAUUACAGAUCAAACUCAGUUUAGAUUACAGUCAUGUUAACUUCUGAUUGGCUUCUGUAAAUGUAACGUCAGGUGAAAUAGUCUCUGAUUGGCUGUUCAAAAACAGUGUUACCGGUUCCUGAACAUCAUCAGACCAGAAACAAGUCCAUACAGCACUCAAAAACCGGAUCAGAAACACAACUAGUUAGAAAAAGAGCAGAAACCAGUUCAGAAAACCAGUUAACAAGACGAGAUAAACCACAUCACAAUCCAGAUUAGAAGCAGAUUAACUAUAUAAACACAAACCAGUUCAUAAUCCAGUUUUAAAACAGUUCAGGAACAGGUUUGUGUUGUCGGCCAUGUUAACCCUCAGUCUCCGUAUUUGUUGUGGUGGAAGCAAUCCACAGCCAAUCAGAUGCUAGCUUUAGUAACCAUGGCAACAGUAUUGGUAUUUAUCGUCUCUUUGAGCUUCUUGAUUUUGUCGAUGCAGCAGAAGGCUUGUUAGUUAAUUAGAUGAAUAAUUAGUGAAGAACAUAAAGAAUUAGUGGUUUUAGUUAAUGAGUUAGGAAGUCGUUAGUCUUUACAUUUUUCUGUUAACUGUUAACUUUGUUUACGUCAGUUUUUGUUCACACACACUCACCUGUGUCCUCACCUGUGAAUCACACUAUUGUGCCACGUGGACCCCCCCCCGUCCCCCCCCCACCUGUACUGCUCUCCACCAGUCGUCUUCCUUUAAAGAGGGACCAGCUAAUCAGAUGGUCCUGCUGUAUGAUGUCACAUGAUAACUUGUUUGUGAUUGGUUUAUUUCUCCUGACUGAAAAUGUCCUUGUGUUUAACAGACAUUU